GAAGGCGGACAUGUUUGUCGUGCAGGGAGAAGAACUCGGGCACCUUGUGCUUUUCAAAGAAGAUCGAGUUAAAGCUGAAUUAUCCCAAUAGAAUCUACAGGAUUCAACGCGUGUGCAGAGGCCACAGCCUUCGGUCUUUAAAAAUGAGAGGUGUAGAGGAGAGGGGCUGCGAGGAAACGCUUUAUCACGACAGUGUUUCAAACUGAUCGAAUUUUGGAGCUGAAGUUUUUCGCCACUUCUACCUUGCAGCUGUCAGACCCGUUUGGCUUUUUUCCCCAUAAGGCCCCUUCAUAUGGAUACAGGCCUGGAGUAGAAUAGUUGUCGGGAGUUACUUUUAUGAGUUAUGUAAAACGGACCUUUUAUCUUUUAAAAAUAUUGAGCGCAGUCGAUGCAGGCUAUGGCUCCGUCUGUACAGGGAAGCUGAUCUUGCUGGCUAUCUGUUGCUCUUUUUCUUUUGUGUGUAUGUGGCUGAAGUUGUCAAUCAAACUUCGCUAGCGAGCUAGCACACUUGGGGAAACGAGAAGGAAAAAGUGGACGGUGUUUUCUUAAAAUGUUACUUUCGGUCAUCAUAGAUCUCGUUAAGUGUCUUGAGUGUGAAAAACGCAUAAGACGCAAUGUUUCUUUGAUUAGUUCGAUAUAACUAACUUCUUUGAAGACGACUGUUUACUGCAAAGCAAACGAGAGGGAAGUUGCUGGCUAGCUAGCAAGAUUUUUUUUAGUAUUACAACGGCGUGGAACUCGACUUGACAGCGAAAAUGUCUGCUGGCGAAAGUUUGGAGGCUCGUUUUGAAAAAAUCGAUGCCAUGCUGAAGGACCCGAAAUCAGAAAUUAAUACUGAUUGCUUACUGGAUGGUUUGGAUGCUCUGGUCUACGACCUGGACUUCCCGGCCUUGAGGAAAAACAAGAGCAUUGACAACUUCUUGAACAGAUACAAGGACACCAUCAGCAAGAUCCGGGACCUGCGCAUGAAAGCCGAAGACUACGAGGUGGUGAAGGUCAUCGGCAGGGGCGCGUUCGGGGAGGUGCAGCUGGUAAGGCACAAGGCCACGAGGAAGGUGUACGCCAUGAAGCUGCUCAGCAAGUUUGAGAUGAUCAAACGGUCGGAUUCGGCUUUCUUCUGGGAAGAGAGGGACAUCAUGGCGUUCGCCAACAGCGCCUGGGUGGUGCAGCUGUUCUACGCCUUCCAGGAUGACCGCUACCUCUACAUGGUCAUGGAGUACAUGCCCGGGGGCGACCUGGUCAACCUGAUGAGCAACUACGACGUGCCAGAGAAGUGGGCGCGGUUCUACACCGCCGAGGUGGUGCUGGCGCUGGACGGCAUUCACUCCAUGGGCUUCAUCCACAGAGACGUGAAGCCAGACAACAUGUUGCUAGACAAAGCGGGCCACUUGAAGCUGGCGGACUUUGGGACCUGCAUGAAGAUGAACAAGGAUGGUAUGGUACGAUGCGACACCGCAGUGGGAACCCCUGACUACAUUUCGCCGGAGGUACUGAAGUCGCAGGGGGGAGACGGCUACUACGGCAGGGAGUGCGACUGGUGGUCUGUCGGAGUCUUCCUCUAUGAAAUGCUCGUCGGAGACACGCCCUUCUACGCCGACUCACUGGUGGGGACCUACAGCAAGAUCAUGAACCAUAAGAAUGCGCUGACGUUCCCAGACGACAGCGAGAUCUCGAAGGACGCAAAAAACCUCAUCUGCGCCUUCCUGACCGACAGGGAAGUGCGACUGGGCCGAAACGGCGUGGACGAGAUCAAGCGCCACCCUUUCUUCAAGAACGACCAGUGGACCUGGGAGAGCAUAAGGGACGCCGCCGCCCCCGUGGUGCCGGAACUGAGCAGCGACAUCGACACCAGCAACUUCGAUGACAUCGAGGAGGACAGGGGCGAUGAGGAGACCUUCCCCAUACCAAAGGCCUUCGUGGGCAACCAGCUCCCCUUUGUGGGGUUCACCUACUAUAGCAGUCACCAGUUUUCACGCAGCUCCAGCACCAAGACGAGCGACAAACGUUGCAGCUCCACCAAGGAGGACAAGAGCCAGCUGGAGAACCUGCAGAAGAGGAUCUACCAGCUGGAGGAGCAGCUGCACUGCGAGAUGCAGCUGAAGGACGAGAUGGAGCAGAAGUGCAGGACAUCCAACACCAAGCUGGACAAGAUCAUGAAGGAGCUGGACGAGGAGACUAACCUGAGGAAGAGUGCGGAGUCCACGGUGUCGCUGCUGGAGAAGGAUAAGGUUAUGAUCCAGCUCCGGGCCACAGAGUACCAAAGAAAGGCCGACCAGGAGGCCGAGAAACGGCGCAACGUGGAGAACGAGGUGUCGACUUUAAAGGAACAGCUGGAAGACAUGAAGAAGGUCAGCCAGAACUCCCAGGCCUCCAACGAGAAGAUCGCACAGCUGCAGAAGCAAAUGGAGGAGGCCAACGACCUGCUGAGGGUGGAGUCGGACACGGCGGCGCGGCUGAGGAAGAGCCACACGGAGGUGGCCAAGACCCUGAGCCAGCUGGAGGGCGUUAACAGGGAGCUGCAGGAGAAGUGCCGGGGGGCCGACAACAGUAAGCUGCAGCUGGAGAAAGAGGUGUUCCAGCUGCAGGCCGCCCUGGACUCGGAGAGGAGGAACUACAGCCAGGGCUCCGAGGAGAUCCGCGAGCUGCAAGCCCGGAUAACAAGUCUUCAGGAGGACAUUAAGAACCUGAAGAUGAGUCUGUCUAAAGUAGAGGGAGAAAGGAAACAGGCCCAGGAACGCUGCAACAAUCUGGAGAAGGAGAAGAACAACCUGGAGAUUGACCUGAACUACAAGCUGAAGACUCUGCAGCAGCGCCUGGACCAGGAGCAGACGGAGCACAUGGUCACCCGGGGGCAGCUCACCGACAAAUACGAGUCCAUCGAGGAGGCCAAGUCAGCCGCCAUGCAUGCUGUGGAGCAGAAGGUGUCGGAGGAGAGCGUAUCGCGCAUGCGGGCAGAGAGCCGCGUGGUGGAGGUGGAGAAGCAGUGCUCCAUGAUGGAGUUUGACCUCAAGCAGUCGGUGCAGAAGAUGGAGCAACUGAUGAAGCAGAAGGAGAGGCUGGAGGACGAGGUGAAGGCGCUGCGGGUGCAGCUGGAGCAGGAGUCGAGCAAGCGGCUGCAGGCCCAGAACGAGCUGAAGACGUGGGCGGUGGAGGCGGACCGCCUCAAGGGCUCGGAGAAGCAGCUGAAGCAGGAGCUCAACACGAUCCUGGAGAGCAAGCGCUCCCUGGAGUUCCAGCUGGUCCAGCUCACAAAGCAGUACAGGGGUAACGAGGGGCAGAUGAGGGAGCUGCAGGACCAGCUGGAGGCAGAGCAGUACUUCUCUACGCUGUACAAGACUCAGGUGAAGGAGCUGAAGGAGGAGAUCGAGGAGAAGAACCGCCUGGUCCAGGAGACGCUGAAGAAGAUGCAGGAUCUCCACAACGAGAGGGACUCGCUGUCGGCACAGCUGGACCUGACGGUGACCAAGGCGGAGUCGGAGCAGCUGGCCAGGGCUCUGCAGGAGGAGCAGUAUUUCGAGCUCAGCCAGGAGAACAAGAAGGUCACCGCCCGCUACAAGCAGGAGAUCAGCGAGAGAGACGCCACCAUCACCCGGCUUGAGGAAUCCAAUAAAACUCUGACCAAAGAUGUGGAAAACCUCAGCAAGGAGAAGGCGGAGCUGGACGAGAAGAUACGUUUACAGGAAGAAGAGUACGCCAACCAAAAAGAGGAGACCACGAAUUUAGUCAAGGCCCACUAUGAGAAGGUGCUGAACACGGAGCGCACGCUCAAGACUCAGGCGGUGAACAAGCUGGCGGAGAUCAUGAACCGCAAGGACAUGAAGCUGGACCAGAAGAAGAAGGGGAGCACGGCCGACCUCCGCAAGAAGGAGAAGGAGAACCGCAAGCUGCAGCUGGAGCUCAACCAGGAGAAGGAGAAGUUCAACCACACGGCCAUCAAGUACCAGAAGGAGCUGAACGAGCUGCAGGCGCAACUGGCAGAGGAGACCCGGGAGCUGCAGAUGCAGCUGGACAGCAAGGAGAGCAACAUCGAGCAGCUGCGCGAGAAACUCAACGACCUGCAGCUGCGCAUGGAAAAUUCCAGCGUCACCAGCCUGCAGCCCGACGAAACGGACGGCAACAUCGCAGAAUCGAGGCUUGAAGGGUGGCUAUCGAUACCCAAUCGUACUAACAUAAAACGUUACGGCUGGAAGAAGCAGUACGUGGUGGUCAGCAGCAAGAAGAUUCUCUUCUACAACGACGAGCAGGACAAGGAGCAGUCCAACCCCUCCAUGGUACUCGACAUUGACAAACUGUUCCACGUGCGUCCAGUCACACAGGGAGACGUGUACCGCGCCGACACGGACGAGAUUCCCCGGAUAUUCCAGAUCCUUUACGCCAACGAAGGCGAGUGCAGGAAAGAGGCGGACAUAGAGACGGUCCCCCAGGGCGACAAGGCCAACUGCCUGCCCCACAAGGGCCAUGAGUUCAUCCCCACCCUCUACCACUUCCCCACCAACUGCGAGGCCUGCGCCAAGCCCCUGUGGCACGUCUUCAAGCCCCCGCCCGCCCUCGAGUGCCGCCGCUGCCACGUCAAGUGCCACAAGGACCACCUGGACAAGAAGGAGGACGUCAUCGCCCCCUGCAAAGUGAACUACGACGUGACCUCGGCGCGGGACAUGCUGCUGCUGGCCCUGUCCCAGGACGAGCAGAAGAAGUGGAUCGGGCACCUGGGCAAGAAGAUCCCCAAGACCCCGCCCUCCACCUUCACCCGGGCCUCGCCCCGCUCCAUGUCCACGCGGUCCGGCCCCAACCAGUCCUUCCGCCGGGUCUCCAGCAAGCCCAGCUAACCAUCUGCACCACUGGAGUCUGUUGGGACUUUUCCCCUUUUUUUCUUUUGGUAUUUUCCCCUCUCCGAGAACCCGAGUAUCUUCCACAGCGAAUGAAUUUGAUUUUAAAAACGAAGAGACAAAAAGCAAAUAAAAAUUUAAAGGAAAAAACAAAAAAACAAAUGGUGGGUCUGUAAACGGGACUGACCCGCAGCGUCCCGAACUUCAGGGGGGUCACCAGGCCACCGCCUCCCCUCCUCUCGACCGUGCUUCCAGCGUCCAGACCCCACGCUCUCCGCAGUCCUGGGCAGCCGGGGAACGGGGAUGGCUUCCCCGAGCGCCGCUGCUCUUAACAGGAAUCGGGCGGGAGCUGCAGGUACAAAUCCAGCUUCAUAUCCACGCUGGAAGGGUUGCAUGGUGGAGAGGGACUUUUUGGGAGCCUGGGUGACUGAGGUGGACCAGGAGUAGAGGGGGAGGGGGGGGGGGCAUAUGGAUGCCAGCCCAGUCUGUGAGGAGGGAGGCCCCCCCUCAACCCAACGAGAAAAUCUGCCCAUGGGAGAACUCUGUUAAUGACUGUCAUGUGACUUUGAUGCCUUAAGGAUCCCUUCCCCUUGACUUGGACCGGAAUACAACCCUCUUCCAUGGAAUUAGUACAAUUGCUGUGUCAUUUUUGGGUGGGGGGGAAUAUUCGGUACGGAGUAUGGGGUAUUGAACACAGGGGGAAGGAGUGAGAAGAUUAUCAUUUAAAUCUAUGCAUUUUUAAUUAUCGUUAUUAUAUUAUUUUGCGCAAGCCAUAAGGAUAUCCAAUUAUAUUGGCAUUAGGAGACCUGACAAUUAAAAGAAACCAUUGACUUUGAGUGUUUUUUUUUUGUUUUUUUGGGGGGGGUACAUUGUUUCUGUAAUGUUAUUUUUAUUAUUGUUAUUAUUUUGUAAUGUAUUGCCUUACAUUGAUUCAUAGAUAAAUGGUUGGAGAUGAGAACAUUAAGUUAACAAAAAACAAAGUAAAACUGCACUGUUUGAAUUAUAAAUUAUUCGUAGAACACUUAACUGGUGUAGCAUUUGGCCCACCUAGUGCCUUAACUUUUGGAUAACAAUUUUACUGCCAUAUCUGUUUGUGUAGAAAUCUCCAAAACAAGACAAACAUCUUAAAUACUAUUUUUUAAAUACAGAAAAAAGGCUUUUCACGUUGUGGUUUUAUCAGAAAUAUUCCUCCCCAGUUGUGAGGCGUGUGACAGGGCAUGAGAAUGCAGUCGACCAAUGAGACGCCUCUUCCUGGAGUCUGACAUGCUCAAAUGCACACAGGUUAGUGCGCCCUGACAAAGGCCUCGUUAUAUAAUCCGUUCACGUUAUUGUGCUCACGGCUGCAUCUCUUCACUCGAACCCCACGCAUAUCGACGCAUCGCAUCCGACAGGGACAGCAGCUGUAAUCGGAAGUGUUGAAUACCUCCUCAGUAAUUGAAAAAUGGCUUUGCAGGUGUGUUCACUGAAAGAAGCACUGGAAACAAUCUUUUUUUUUUUUUUUUGUCUUGGGUUACUUGCAUGUUUUAAUUGCAUUGGAGGCCGCACUGAUGGAUAUGUGUCAAUAAACACAUCUUUAUCUACAGUC